CUAAUGUGUAUGGGGACCGAUGUUGCAAACUGCACUUAAUAACUACAUAAACACUUGCUGUAUUGUACCGAUUUUACACCAAGUACUUCAAUAUUAAUUCCACAAGAUUUGCCAAACUAUCGCAUCAAAACAGUUUGCUGUUCAAGUGAAUUACAGCAAAUUGCUAGUGAGUCCAGCAAUACACUGGAAUAACAAGGGAAGAAAGCUAUUUCCACUCUAGACCACAAUUUGGGCUCAUCUGCCCUGUUUUUGAACAUGCCAUUAUAUCGUAGGAUAUAGUGAGAUACAUCUAUUGUUGUACACCUAUAGGGUGCAUACAUGUUGUCUAUUGAUGUGUACAGCCAAGUGGUGUUUAAAUAGUGUGCUUUUUAGUGUUGACAGUAUCCAACAACUGUUCUAAGUUACAAGUCUGCACAAAGAUAUCUAAUGUCAAUAAGUAGAGACCGAUACGUGCUAAUAUACCAUGAGCAACACUGCCGAGUUAUUAUAGUGCCAGUGUAGUACAAGGCUAGGGAAAAUGGGACAUACAUUGCAAUGGAAGCUUAAGGGAGCUAACGUCCCCUAUACAACAUCAAGGUUAGUAGAUUUGCCAUGUGCAGUGCUAAAUGCACGGCAAAAACUUAAGGAAGAAUGCGGACUCCAACACGUAACAGCCAUUGAGUACAUACUCUACAAUGAUGACGAAGUGCUACCAAACGAAUAUAUACUCCAGGAUGCAUGCCAAGUAGAAGUUGCACGAUGCAAAAGUUCAGACGCACAGGAGUUAAUGAAACAAGCUGAUGAGCAGUACAAACUCAGGCCACAACAUGUAGAAAGUGACUAUUCACCUAAAGAGUCACUUGAUGAAGCCGAGGAUUGCAAUGGGAUAAGUUUGUCAACCAGUUCUACUCAAGAUAAAGUUGAUCUCGGAGACAACAUCGAUACAUCAACAAACCCAAUGAACGAAUCGAGUGAUCCUGCGGAUAUGAUCAAUGUGGCAUUGCCUGAAGAAGAGACAAUCCACCCAAAUGAUAUGAACGACCAUGGCUAUAACGAAGAAUAUGGAGAUGAGUAUUACCAAGAUUCGGGGUCAAACCCCAACGAAUCAGAUGAAGAUAGUAGGAUACAAGCAGUCAUGCAACAGCGCGACUUCUAUGGCGGUGAAUCCACGGAAACAUUGUCACAUCGAUAUUAUCGCAAAAGGACGUUUACGGCAACAGAGGCCGAUAGUGAAGGACCGGCAAAAAUACCUUGGACUCAAGUACCUUCAAGGGCAUACGUAGAUAUGAACCAAGAUGUUGUACCGGUUGAUGAAAACUAUAUAUGCCACAUGUGUGGACAGAGAGGACACCAUAUCAAAAAUUGCUUACAACCAGAUGGCAAAAGGUUGCAUAAGAAAAUUAGACCGGCAACAGGUAUACCAGUGGACUUUUUGCAAGUUAUCAACGAAGAUGAUAUCAACAACUAUGACGAGGUCUAUCACAUGAAAACCGGAGAAUUCGCUGUUAUGAAGGAUAUGUCCAAGGUCUCAGGAGGAGCGUUCUUCACCAAGUCAGCCGACCAACGGAUACAAUGCCAGCUAGGUAUCACCGAAACCAUGUCAAAGAACAUGGUAAAAAGCCUAAGAUGCAUUGUGUGUAAUAACUUCUUCAAUAACCCAGUGACGACCAUGUGCUGCGGGGAGUCGUUCUGCCUCGAUUGCGUAGUAGACAGGUCAAGCACAAGAACAAACAACCAAUUGAGCUAUGUCUACCACUGCCCAAAAUGCAAAAGCGAAAUGCGGUACUCAGACCUGCAGGCCAAUACCUGCCUGAAGAACGCCAUAGAAUCACUGGUCCUACACAAGGAAGAAACUACCCCUAGGUCAGUAUCCGCAUCAUCGACCAAACCGUCAGAUGCUGGAUGCGUAAUUGAACUGGAUCACGAGUUUUUUAAAAGGCAAAGAGCUGUAGUAACAAACUACCUGUCAAGACUAGGGCCUCGCAGUGUUACGAAUUAAGUAUUGCUAGGCAACAACAUCAAAAACAUAAGCAUUGUAACAUAUAAAAGGGCUA